GUCAAAAUUUAUAAAAAUAAAAAGCAAUAAAAACAUUUUAAGUUUAUAGGUUAGAAUUCAGAACAACACAAAACCCGAAAAUGUCCCUUAUUUUUCGUACAUUAGCACGAAACAACCCAAGGAACAUAGUUACAGAUGCACAAAUAUUUGUCAUAUCGUGCCGCAAGUUGAGCAUAGUCCCUUCCUUAUACGAUGGCAACCAAGACCCUGCACCAAAGUUCUUUUCUUCCAACGUUCAAAUAUUGUUGAAACGAUUGACUCGACCAGAUUUCAACAAAGUAUUUCGUAAAAGAACAAAUCAUGGCUUGAGUGUCCUGAAGACACCAUCUUAUAAGUUUUUAACAAACGAAGAGCUUGAAGAGGAAAUUGCUAAAGCUAACGAAAAGGCUAACAGGCUACUUCAGAUGCCACCAGUUGUAAAGAUCCAGCAGCAUAUUGAAGAUGUGUUAUCCAAUGACCCAGCAUUGAUAGGCUAUGACACAGCGAAGUAUAUAUUCACAGACAUCACUUUUGGUGUGGCCAAUGAACACAGAAUUAUUAUUGAGCGUGAUCCUGAUGGCACUCUCCGCAGCUGCGAUCAUGAUGUCAGAAAAAGGUUGAAUCAGGCGUAUUUCCCAUUGAAUGGCCGGAAACUGAGAGAGCCAUUGAUGUUUGCUGACUUAGAGAAACUGAACAGCCUACUGGACAGAGAGAAGUAUGAGUUUGUGCUGGACCGUGCCUGCGUGCAGUAUGAACCUGAUGAGCCGUCCUACCAAAGAGUGACCAGCAUCACCUACCAACAUGUUGAUACCAAGAGCAAGUAUGAACUUUUGAGGUCGACCCGCCACUUCGGUCCGAUGACUUUCUACCUAACUUGGCACAAGAGUAUGGACAACUUAAUGCUGGAGCUGAUUCAGGGUGGCGCUGUCAGGGAGGCAGUGCUUCUAGCCGCCUUGAGACAGGAUAUACAUGGAGACGUGGCCAAUGGAGAUGUAGCAAGGACCUUAGCACAACAAAUCCUUCCCACUCCUGUGCAACUGACUAAACCAGAGAGCCUUACAGAAGAGGACAUUCAGCUAGACUCCAAGUGUGUAGAAUGUAUAGAGAAGUACAUAACUGGUACUUCUAGCAUGAAGAGUCAACAGGAACUGGCUUUGCAGGGCUUCAGGGAAUAUUAUCAACAGCUGAUUGAACUCAGCAGGGGUUUGAAGAAGGCCCACGGCAAACAAUAAGCAUUUAUUUAUGUAGUGUUGUAAUUA